AAAAAUACAAGAUCAGCAAAAUAGGUCAAGAGCACUCAGUUUACUACUGUAUGAUUUCUAAGGUUGACUCCAAAAUUUUAAAAUAUCGGCUGUGAUAUGGCUGCUCCUAUAAAAUACCACGGAUACAAGUUAAAGGGAAGAGCCGUCAUAGGGCUUUUUCAGUAUAUAAAGUAUUUUAACACAAGUAAUAAAUUUAGUUGUCACAAGCGAACACUUUGUACCACCAUGAGGCUGUAUGACAGAGAUAUGUAUUGGAAUGACAAAUCUGUGGCUAAUGAAUCUAAAUUUGAGAAAAUCUUGAUUGCCAAUCGAGGUGAAAUUGCUUGUAGAGUGAUCAAAACAUGCAAGAGGCUUGGCAUCAAAACAGUGGCAGUCCACAGUGAAGUAGACUCUUUGGCUCUCCACACUCGUAUGGCAGAUGAAGCCAUUUGUAUUGGGCCAGCACAAACAAGUGAGAGCUAUCUUCGAAUGGAUAAAAUAUUGAAUGCAGUCAAAGAGUCGGGUGCACAAGCGGUUCACCCUGGCUAUGGAUUUCUUUCUGAAAACACAGAAUUUGCAGCUAAACUUGAUGAAAUUGGAGUAGCUUUCAUUGGACCAAACAGUAAAGCCAUCAAAGCUAUGGGGGACAAAAUUGAAAGUAAGCGCAUUGCCACCAAAGCUCAAGUCAACAUGAUCCCUGGAUUUGAUGGUGUUGUUGAAGAUGCUGAACACUGUGUUAAACUGUCCAAUCAGAUAGGAUAUCCUGUUAUGAUCAAAGCCUCAGCAGGUGGAGGUGGUAAAGGCAUGAGAAUAGCUCAUAAUGACAAUGAAGCUAGAACGUCAUUUCGUUUGUCACAACAAGAAGCUAAAUCAAGCUUUGGAGAUGACAGAAUGUUGGUUGAAAAAUACAUUGUCUGUCCCCGACAUAUUGAGAUUCAGGUUCUCUGUGACAAACAUGGAAAUAGCUUGUGGCUUAAUGAACGAGAAUGUUCCAUUCAGAGAAGGAAUCAGAAAGUAAUAGAAGAGGCUCCAAGCACAUUUUUGGAUCCCCAAACUCGCAAGGCUAUGGGAGAACAAGCUUGCAGACUGGCUCUGGCUGUUGGUUACGAUUCAGCUGGCACUGUUGAGUUUCUUGUAGAUAAAAAUAAAAAUUUCUAUUUCCUGGAGAUGAACACAAGAUUGCAAGUAGAGCAUCCAAUAACAGAGAUGAUUACUGGUGUCGACAUAGUACAUCAAAUGUUACGAGUGGCCAAAAAUCAUAAACUUUUACAUGAGCAAAAAGAUAUACCAGUUGAUGGCUGGGCCAUAGAAUGUCGUGUUUAUGCUGAAGAUCCAUACAAGAGUUUUGGAAUGCCUUCUAUAGGAAGAUUAUCUCGUUAUGUAGAACCAACUCAUCUGAAAAAUACCCGCUGUGACAGUGGCAUCAUGGAGGGCAGUGAUAUCAGCAUUUAUUAUGACCCAAUGAUUUGUAAACUGGUGACCUACGGCAGGGACAGGACUGCAGCCAUGGACAAUAUGAUCCAAGCAUUAGAUUCUUAUGUUAUUAAAGGUGUUACACACAACAUACCUCUACUUCGUGAUAUUCUGACUGAAGAAAGAUUUGUCAAGGGUGACAUUAGUACUAAUUAUUUACCAGAAGUGUUCCCUGAUGGAUUCAAAGGUAAAGUUCUUUCUGUCAAAGAAAGUCAAGAACUUACAGCCUUAGCUUGUGCUAUCUAUUUGAAGGAUCAACAAAGAUGUAGAGCUUUUCAAAACCAGAAAAGGAUUCCUAAUGUUAGCUCAUCAAUCAAUAGCUGGUCACUUAAUGUUAUUAUCAACAAGGCCAGAAUAAAUGCUCACGCUUCCAAAUUACCAGAUGGUUACAAGAUUGUCAUCAAUAGCGAUGUAUAUGAGAUUAAGGGCAAUUUGUCAUUUACAUCACCACUAAUGGAAGUCUGUUUGAAUGGUGACCAAAGAUUGCUUCAGGUGCACAAUAGACUUGGUGGUGGUAAAUAUGAUCUGCGUUAUCAUGGGACUGUGUACCCUGUGAAAGUUAUGGAUGAUUUGGCAUUUAACCUUAGUCAAUACAUGCUUGAGAAAAAAGUCUUGGACACCAGUGCCAUGGUGUUGGCUCCAAUGCCAGGAUUGUUGAAAUCUGUCAGUGUUAAAGCUGGUGAUAUGGUGGCUGAAAACCAGGAAGUGUGUGUUCUAGAAGCAAUGAAAAUGCAGAACAGUUUAGUGAGUCUUAAAGUGGCUAAGGUAAAGAAAGUGCUGUUCAAGUCAGGAGACACAGUCAAUGAAGGCGAUGUUAUUGUUGAGCUAGAAUAACAACAUCCCAGCCUAUCAUCUUCAUCUCCAGUUCAACAUUGUUUGACCAUGUUAAGGAUACAGAUACUUGAAUUAUUCCUAGACAAGUUUUCCAAACUAAGACCCACAAAGUAAAUGAACUGCUGGUACAUGAUUGUGCUUGUUGCACUGUUUAAUUAGGGUACCGGUUCUCCAUUUUGUUUUGUUUUUUCUUAUGAGUGAAGCUCCACAUUGUAUUGGAUGUGUGCUGUUUUAAGAAAACAACUGAUAUUAUGAUUAUAGAAUGUAUUUAUGCAUUGGUGUUGUUUCAAUAAUCAGUCUUAUAUUUUCUUUUUAUUAUCAUGAUUGAAGUUGAACUGAAGAGAAAUAUUCUAGACUUCAAAUAUGUAGCUACACUGUUUGAGUUAUUCAUUUGUUACUUUAUAAAUGUGAUGCAUUUUACACUUUUUACAUUUGGGAAACAUUGUUACUUCAUCACAAAGGGGGAUGUCAUUUAUAUUUCUUCUACAUGCUGCCUUGUUAUGAAUACAAUGUUCAAUUAAAGUUGUGCCCAAAAAGACAAAUAUUACACUGCUGAAUGUUUUGUUUACUAUGAGUUUGGCAGUUAUGUUUAGGCUCAUUCCAAUAAAAAAACAACAUACAAAUUUAAUUUUGCUCAUUUAUUUGUUUCUUAAAUUAUUUUCAAUCAUUUAAGUAGUUUGUUAAUUUUAAAAAUUACAGAAGCCAUUGGUAAGAGUUUUUUAUUUUAAUCUAGUUCUUUUUUAUGAGUUUUGCUAAAUUCAACUCAGUUAGCAGCUAGAUUGAUAGUUUAAAUAGAUCAGUGCAGGUUAUUUAAUGUUUCAACUGAUAUUUCAGUUGUGCUGGUUGUUUUGUUGGGGUAAAUCUAUUCAGUAUUAAGACUGGCUUCAAGCAGAAAUCCAAGAUUUAUAAUGCACAUGUUCUUUUUAUAUGAAAGAUUCUGAUGACACAUGGACACCUCAGUUGUUUCUUAGUGCUAAAAUCAAACUAAGGCAGCAGCACUUCAAGCAUUUUCAGAAACAUUUUUUUUUUGUUCAUGAAAUGUUGAACUUUUCUUGUUACUGUCCCUCAUAAAUCCCAGAGGUCACAAAAUAAAAAAGUUGUCAUCAUUUUUAA